CAAUUCGCGUGGAUUGCGAGUGCUCAGAGCCAUUCGUGGCCCGGGAUUCAGUCCACAGUUCCAUAUAUAAACAUGGAACUAAACAGACACCGGCAAUCCGCUAAACCCAACUUUAGCUAAGGCUGACCAAACGGUUUACAUGGAAAUUCAGAUUUUUUGUCCCGGUACCUGGAAUAGACCCUCCGGACAGCGGGCCCGGGCAUGACGAUGCAAUACCAUCUAGACUUCCCUUCUACUCCAGAUGGACCAGUGUUUCUCUCCUUCUUCCUUUCUCUCCAUUAUUAACUGACUGUCUUGCCUCUCGUUCGAGUGGUUCCUCUCGUUUUCGCUCCUCGAUCAAUCACCUCGAUACUUUUUUUUAUUUCUUUUUUCUAUACUGUCCUUACACCAACUUUUUUAUAAGAAACCUUUUUUUUUUCCUCUUGUCCUUUUUUUAGACUAUUUUUGAUCGUCGACACUCGCUUCGAAGUAUAUCCAACAUGCACUACUCACAGCUUCUCGCGUUCGCGCUGUCUCUCGCUACCACCAACGCUGCCUACCAGGGCUUCAACUACGGUGCCACCAACCCCGAUGGCUCCUACAGGCAGCAGUCCGAUUUCCAGCAGCAGUUUGAAACUGCGAAGAACCUCGUCGGUACGUCUGGCUUCACCAGUGCCAGACUGUACACCACUAUCCAGGGCGGUACCACCAGCGAUGUGACCUCCGCCAUCCCCGCUGCCAUCCAGGAGAACACCAGCCUGCUGCUCGGUCUCUGGGCCUCCGCUGGCCAAGAUAUCUUUAACAACGAGGUCACUGCGCUCAAGAACGCCAUCAACACCUACGGAGACUCCUUCACCAAGCUGGUUGUCGGUAUCUCCGUGGGCAGUGAGGAUCUCUACCGUAACUCCCCCACUGGCAUUCAGGCCAAGGCUGGCAUUGGUGCCAACCCCGACACCAUUGUGUCCUACAUCAAGCAGGUCCGCGAGGCCAUUGCUGGCACUGCUCUGAGCAGCGCUAAGAUCGGCCACGUCGACACCUGGACCGCCUGGGCCAACACCUCCAACGUCGCUGUCUCUGAGGCUGCCGACUGGAUUGGUGUUGACGCCUACCCCUACUUCCAGAACACCGAGGCCAACUCCAUCAACGACGCCAACGGUCUGUUCAACGAUGCCAUUGCCCAGGUCGAGAACGGUGCCUCUGGCAAGGAGAUCUGGAUCACUGAGACCGGCUGGCCCGUCAGCGGUCCUACCGAGAACGAGGCUGUUGCUAACACCGCCAACGCGAAGACCUACUGGGACCAGGUUGGAUGCCCUCGUUUCGGCAAGACCAACAUCUGGUGGUACACUCUUCAGGAUGCCCCUACCUCUCCCAGCUUCGGUAUCGUUGGCCAGCAGCUGAGCACCACUCCUCUGUUCGACCUGUCUUGCGGUAACACCACUUCCACCUCCACCAAGAACGCCUCCGCUGCCUCGUCUUCCGCUGUUGCCACUGCUACCGGUGUUUCUCACAAUGCCUCUGCCACUGGUGCUGCUGCUGGUGCUGCUGCUUCGUCUGCUGCCGCUGCUAUCCCCGCCGCUGCUGCUGGUGCCUCUUCCGCUGCUGCUCCCGCCGCUGAGCCCUGCGAAACUGAGGGUGCUGGUUCCGGCGCUUCCCCUGCUGCCGGCGCUGCUGGUGCUGCCGCUGGUGCUGCUGCUGGAUCCAACAGCACUGGUGCCUACAUCGCUUCCCCCAGCGGUGUCCGCCCUGCUGCUGGUGCUGGCCAGGGUAGCAACGGUACCUACACCAUCGUUGCUAAGCCCACCCUGUCCUCCUCCUCCACCGCCGGCGCCGCCGCUGCUCAAUUCACCAACGGUGCUGCCGCCAACUCCGGCUCUAUGAUCGCCGCCAUCGGUGCUAUCUUCGCCGUUGUCCAGGCUCUGUAAACCGUUUCCUUUUCUCUUCUUGUGAACUUGAUUGUACGCCCUUUGAGAUCAUGUGGGUGAUAUAUGACGCUCUACGUCUUUAUUUCGAGAGGUUUCUUCCGUGACAAAUUGGAAUUUUAUCUUCUGAAUAUAUAUUAACUAUAACACCAAUUGUAUUCCGAAAAGUAAAUCUAUAAAUCUUCUCU